GAAAAGAAUUUCUUUGAAAAUUGAAAUUCUCUCUCAUUCUAUUCAACGACAUUCAUUUCGAACGAAACAAAUUCGAUUUUCAAAAAUUUUUUUUCUCUUUUUAAAUAAUUUGUGUUUGUGAUUGAUUGAUCGGAUCGGAUUGGAACAUAUUAAUAAUCAUGCACAUCAACAUAUCGGAAGAAUCGGCAUUUGCACCAUACGAAGAUCGUUGGUAUGAACGUGAAGCUGAUGGUUUUCGUACCUGUGGCCGUUGGCGUCGUGGACGGAAAAAUCUUUUCAAUUUAGGAAGAAAAUUCAAUCAAAUGGAUUUUGAACGUCGUAUUAUGGCUGAACGUAAAUUACGUAAUACAUUAAAACGUUUAGAUAAAACAACAGCUGAACCGGUUAUGGAACAAGGUAAUUAUUGUGAACGUAUUAAUUGGAAUCAUGUUUAUCCAAAUUGGUUAAAUUAUCGUGAACUUCAUAUGCAUCAUAAAAUUGUAUUGUAAAACAUCGAUCGAAGAAUAAAAUACCAAAAUUUUUAAUUAAUAAAAUUUAUUUUAUUUAAUUACA